AAAACGUCAAAACAGUAAAAUUGGUUCGUAUUUUUCGUUGCACAAACAACUUUUAAAUAUUCGCAAUUUAUGUUAGAAACAAUACAUAUUCGUAUAAGCAUUGAUAUAAAAUAAUAGCUGAUAAAAUGGAGAAUUCAUUAAUAAAUAAAGCACAUCAGGAACAAAGGAAAGCAGAUGUGCUUCUCAAACAGAAAAAAUUCGAUGAGUGCUUGACAUGCCAUCGUAAUGCCAUUGAAUAUCUGUCUCAAGCAAUGAAGACCAACCAACAGCCGAUAAUAUGUUUAGAGUCUUUGCAGUUGCAGAUAGGUCAACUGGAGAGGCAAAUCAAAAUCGUGACCAUGAAGAAAGUCCAAUAUGAAAAUAUGAAAAACACCGAACUGCACAAGACUGAAAAACCAAAUUAUGAGAUGGAGAGUGAUAAUAGCAAUAGCAGUCUUCAGGGUAUCUAUGCAACAAUGGAACAGCAUGAUUCGUUUAUAAGUUACUUGACAAAAAGAGAGUCUGGAAGUGAUAAUGAUAGUUGUUCAGUAAGUGACAGUGAUGAAAAACUAGAAAAAUCUCUUCACGGCUUCAAACAUCCAAAAGACGAUGCAAUCAUAAUUGAAGAGUUCAAAGAGCUGUGCAAUUCUUAUAGAGAUUCCAUCAAAGUUCUGUUGUGUCAGUUGGAUGAAAGAAAUAAGGAAAUCACUGAAUUGAAAGUCAGAGUUAAACAUCUCGAACAAGACAAGUUUAAAGGACAAACAACCAAGGAUAAUAACAGUUUGAAAGUGAUAACUGAUUCCUCAGGUGGAACAUCCCCUUACGUGUUUUCGCCGAGCAGCGAACUCAGUCCGGACGUACGCGACACCGAGUUGCUCCAGUUGGCCCCCUUGGAAAUGCCCACUUUCGAUUUCUCCAACUUUACAACUUGCGUCAAUCCAAAUAACAACAAUUGACGACACAUUACUAUUCACGAUAUGAUUUAAUUUAAGGUUUUUGAUUGCUCACUUAAUUAAUUGUAUUUAUAAAUAUUUUCUUUGUUAUUCAUGUUUAUAUGUAAAAUACUGUACAUUUAAAAUAAAUUGUUCUGAAAAUAGAAAAAA